AUGGAGUGUUUUAUACCGACUGAGCGUGGGAUAGUAACCGGCGGGGUGGUAGACGAGGUUACACUGGACAAGCUGCGAAGCUCAAAGCAGGAUAGGUUAUUUGUGAUCUUUGAUGAGUGCUUAGAGAUAUACUUUUAUCUCAAGGGAAAGAAUCUUAGUAUUAAUAGCAUUAGCAUAUGGAUCAAUGAAGCGAUAGUCUUGGAAUCAUCGGAGCAAAACAUAUUCACUCAAAUUGAAUGUCAUGAGGGUGUGCUUCUUAGAUUGGAAGAGAGCACGUACGCAAGGAAAAUAUUUAGAUCCAGUGUGGUAAUGACCAAUGGGUAUAACAAUAAAGUGAGGCUAGUGGUCAGGUAUGGUGAAAAAUCUGUCAUAAAACGCUUGAAUGGUAUCAGUUUGCAGGAAGAAGAAGAGGAAAGAGACAGUUCUGACGAUGAAAUGCUGACCAGUUUUGAGCCUGUUUAUUCUUUGUUACCAUCUGAUGAUAGUGAGUUAGAGAAAGUUUCGUCGACUACGGUAACGAAGGCGGAUUAUGAAGGUAUCGGGUCAGAAGAUCAAAAUCAGAAGGACGAAAUAUUUGAACUAGAAUACCCAAUAUACUCAUUGAUAAAUAUGAGGCUUCGAAAUACGGCACUGGAACAAAUAUCCUCUAUAAUAUCAUGUCUUGAAUUCCAAACGUCAAAAGCUGCUGAGAGCUUGAUCUCGAAGCAUUACACCUCAGAGAGUUUCUCCAUGCAUUUUGAUAGAGUGUCAUAUAACCUAGUGAAUAGGAAAGCACAAACAGAGAUAGAACCUGUUUCUAAAUUUACUAUGCCAUUUGAAGUAUACCUCCGUGAUAGCUAUAGUAUAAACUACAAGCUUCCCUUGCUGCAAAACAGUCAAAUAUAUCCCCACCAUGUCAGGAUAAACUUGAAAUAUGAAUUGGUUAUAGGAGAUAAGAGAUUCCCGGUGAAUACUAUAUGGGAAACCGAUAUUGCUCUCAAGCGUCCAGUGAAUCCUAACUUGAUACCAAAUGCAUCAUCCUCUACUCUUGCUGUAAAUCAAUCAGCAAAGCCAUUUGGUGUAUCGCCAAGAUUAAGUGCCACCGCUGUGUCCACACCAUCUCUGUUAUACAAUAAGUUGAAAAAUGUCAAAUUCAGCAUCCUGAAUAACAAUUUGAAAGUGGACAUGGGCAAGAAGUUUGUUCUAAGGUUGCAGAUUAUUAACACCUCCCCAGUGCCGUUGGACUUAGUUGUCUACUACAACAACCAAUCUCCAGUGAUACAAAAUUCUAGCAACAUAACUUUGGACAGGCAGAUACAACUGUACAAGAAAUACAAGAAGAUAACAGAGGGGAUAAUUCUACUCUCUAAUGACUACAAGAUACCAAUCAUUGAUCCGCAUGAGACUUAUUUUGUGGACUUGAGUUUCAUUGCAAUAAUGCCGGGUUACUACCAAUCACUGGCCGGCCUCAAAUUACUAGACCUAAAGACAAAUGAACUGAUAGAUAUAGGUACUGGAGCAUCAAUACUGGUACAAGAAUAG